AGAAGUGCGUGAGCUCUCCGACGGUGACCGUGACAGCUGCGGUGACCGAGCAAGGGGAAGGCGGCGGCGGCGGCGGCGGCGGCGGCGCCGCCCGUGGCUUGUUUGCGGUUAAAGGCAAGGUCGGCCGCCUGGAGCAGCCCCGGGCAGUAGUCAGAAUUGUUUGGAUUCAACACUGCGAUUCCAACCAUGGGCUUGUCAGCAUCUACCCCAGCUGUUGCAGUUCAGACCUCAAAGGCUUCAGAUCAUCAGACAGCAUCCCCGCCCUCAGGAUGUCCAGUGCAUGAAGGGAAGAUGAAAGGUUGUCCAGUGAGUGCAGAGCCAUCGGGUCCAGCCCGUGAGAGCACAGCGAACUCUGUCCCUGCCCACCAGGAUCGCGCCUACGAGUAUGUACAGUGUCCUAUUACAGGCGCUGUGCUUGACAAUAAGGAGAACCUAGAUCCUUCUAAUCUGAUGCCACCACCUAACCAGAGGCCGGCCCCCGAUCAGCCUUUUGCACUGUCUACUAUGAGAGAGGAGUCAUCCAUUCCGAGAGCAGAUUCAGAGAAAAAGUGGGUGUAUCCUUCCGAGCAGAUGUUCUGGAAUGCGAUGUUAAAGAAAGGGUGGAAGUGGAAGGAUGAGGAUAUUAGUCAGAAGGAUAUGUAUAAUAUCAUUAGGAUUCACAAUCAGAAUAAUGAGCAGGCUUGGAAGGAGAUUUUGAAGUGGGAAACCCUUCAUGUUGCGGAGUGUCCUUGUGGUCCGUCAUUGAUCCGGUUUGGAGGUAAAGCAAAAGAAUAUUCCCCAAGGGCAAGAAUUCGUUCCUGGAUGGGGUAUGAGUUGCCUUUCGACAGGCAUGACUGGAUCAUCAACCGUUGUGGGAAAGAAGUCAGAUAUGUCAUUGACUACUACGAUGGUGGCGAAGUCAACCAGGACUACCAGUUCACCAUCCUGGACGUCCGUCCUGCCUUUGAUUCGUUUUCGGCAAUGUGGGACAGGAUGAAGGUUGCCUGGUGGCGCUGGACUUCAUAACCAGUACUUUGUUAAGAGAUAGGAAAAUAUGAACUAUUUUUUUCCAAGCGGUGCAAUCAACUAUUCUCCGCAAACUGAAUAGCACUCAUGAUGUAAUGGGAACAUCAAAUGGGUAAUGACACCUUGUAUUUCACUUAGCAAAGGAUGCCAUGCACCAUGCUCUUCUGAGUUCCUUUUUUUUUUGUUAUCAUUAAUCUACAAUUACAUGAAGAACAUUAUGUUUACUAGGCUCCCCGCUUCACCAAGUCCCCCCCACAAACCCCAUUACAGUCACUGUCCAUCAGCAUAGUAAGAUGCUGUAGAAUCACUACUUGUCUUCUCUGUGUUGCACAGCCCUCCCCGUGCAUCCCCCCACAUUACACAUGCUAAUCGUAAUGCCCCCUUUCUUUUUCCCCCCUUAUCCCUCCCUUCCCACCCAUCCUCCCCAGUCCCUUUCCCUUUGGUAACCAUUAGUCCAUUCUUGAGUUCUGUGAUUGUGCUGCUGUUUUGUUCCUUCAGUUUUCCUUUGUUCUUAUACUCCACAUAUGAGUGAAAUCAUUUGGUACUUGUCUUUCUCCUUCUGGCUUAUUUCACUGAGCAUAAUACCCUCUAGCUCCAUCCAUGUUGUUGCAAAUGGUAGGAUUUGUUUUCUUCUUAUGGCUGAGUAGUAUUCCAUUGUGUAUAUGUACCACAUCUUCUUUAUCCAUCUACUGAUGGACACUUAGGUUGCUUCCAUCUUGGCUAUUGUAAACAGUGCUGCGAUAAACAUAGGGGUGCAUCUGUCUUUUUCAAACUGGGCUGCUGCAUUCUUAGGGUAAAUUCCUAGGAGUGGAGGUCCUGGGUCAAAUGGUAUUUCUAUUUUGAGCUUUUUGAGGAACCUCCAUACUGCUUUCCACAAUGGUUGAACUAAUUUACAUUCCCACCAGCAGUGUAGGAGGGUUCCCCUUUCUCCACAACCUUGCCAACAUUUGUUGUUGUCUGUCUUUUGGAUGGUGGCCAUCCUUACUGGUGUGAGGUGAUAUCUCAUUGUGGUUUUAAUUUGCAUUUCUCUGAUGGCUAGCAAUGUGGAGCAUGUUUUCAUGUGCCUGUUGACCAUCUGAAUUUCUUUGGAGAACUGUCUGUUCAGAUCCUCUGCCCAUUUUUUAAUUGGAUUAUUUGCUUUUUGUUUGUUGAGGUGCGUGAGCUCUUUAUAUAUUUUGGAUGUCAACCCUUUAUCGGAUCUGUCAUUUAUGAAUAUAUUCUCCUAUACUCUAGGGUAUUCCCAUUCUAUUGGUGGUGUCCUUUGCUGUACAGAAGCUUUUCAGCUUGAUGUAGUCCCACUUGUUCAUUUUUGCUUUUGUUUCCCUUGCCCGGGGAGAUGUGUUCAUGAAGAAGUCGCUCAUGUUUAUGUCCAAGAGAUUUUUGCCUUCUGAGUUCCAUUUUUACCUUGUAGUUUAUAGCAGAUCAUUUUAAGUUUCAUUCCCACUUAGCUUAAGUGGAAAGCAGUUCCUUAGUUUUUCCUUUAGCUGAAGUUCUGCCCAUGCAUUUAAUCUAGAAAAGUCUGAACAACCUUUGAAAAAGAACAUUUCCUAAAAUGUGAAGAGAGCUGCUGCUUUUCUUACUGUUUCCUCAUGAAUACUCAAUGAGAUGUACACCUGAAUGCCCAUGUAAUCCUCGGGGAUUUUAUUUGGUCAAGUAUUUUAACUAAUAUUGUUCAUCAUGAAUAAAUAGUUCUGCUUUUUAAAACAUUACCAGCAUUUCAUUGUCCCAACAAUAUAGUAGUGACCCCUGAGAAAAUGUACCCAGCAUAACAAAGGCAUGUCUUGGCUCUCCAAAUUCUCAUGUAUAUUGAUUUUUCAGACUGGAUCUUGUUAUAGAAUACUUCCAACUCCCCCAUAUGCAUUGGAAUAUAUGUUUUAACUUUGAAAAUAUUUAAAUUUUAAUUUCUCUUGUUCCAAUAAGUAACCCUGCUUUCAACAGUCCCCAGCUUUUGAGAAGUUGUCCCAUUCCUAAGUCCCAUUCCUCUUCCUACCAGAAGCUUUCCCUCCAGCCAGCCUAAUCUGAACUUUGAGAUCUGGCUCAAGUCAUAGUACCAGGGACAGGCCCACUCUAAAACACAGUUACAUUUUGUUGAGUGUUAGAACUCAUAGGGGAGUAUUUUGCCCAGAUGUGGAAUGUUUGCAUCAACUCUCUGCCUCAGUGCAGAAUUGUUUUAAGCAGGCUCAAAGUUUGCGAUGGAAUUCUUUGUACUGGUGUCCAUAAACUGGUGCUUCUAUUACAGUGGGUUACAGAUGACUAUUCAGUUGUUUGGGUUUUUUUUUUAAGAUGAUAAUAGUAACUUGUUUGAUUUAUCCUGAAUACCGUAGUGUUAAAUUAGUAGAUGAAUUUGGCAGUCUGGAAUGAUGAAUUUGGUAUGGAACUUUUUGUUGUGUCAGUUUUGUGUGGCAUUUAAAAGUCCCAACAACUUUAACCUUGUCUACAUUUCAAAGUGCUUGUAUAUUUUUAAAUAAAAUAAAGCUCAUGGCUAACAGGUUUUCAAAA